AUGGCCCCGUCACGUCCCCAGCUCUGGCCGGAGAAAAGCACCGCGGAUGGCUUGCCGGCUGCCUAUCGCUUCUAUGAGGGCCCUGGAAAGCGCCUCGUCGGCAACCCGGCCGACGAUAUACCGGCUUUCCUGCGGAGGGAACUGUCUCUUGGCGGCCUGGCCGACAUGCUCAAACAUCUCUGGUUUGCUGGCGCUGAGCGUCCCGCCACCCCCCUGCACUUUCAUGUCGCUAUGGGCCGGGAAAUCGUCAUCGCGGACCGGAUGGACCUGCACCUGCUCUGGACCAACAAAAGGAAGCUCUUCGUCAAGCCCAUUCCGCGCUUUCUUCUCGAUCCAGACUUUUGUCGCAGCAACCUGCAGUGUCCUGAUGGCUGUGCGUGUUAUACGCCGGCAAACACGUGCCGCGGGAUAGCGCGGAAAGUCGCCCUUGGUUUCCUCAACACCUACGCCUAUUGGAAGGCCUUGACCAGGGAACUCCUCAGAGUGCACGAGCGUGACCCAGAUAUGGUCCACCCACGUUUUCUUCGCGCCGAGCUCCGCCUCUCCCACAUCAACACCAUCCAUCGCUUCACCCGUUUCCUUCCCUUCCACCCCUACGUCCGUGGCUGGCACAACUAUAGCAGCCUCUUCCACGAUAAGCUUGCCUGGAUGGCCACUGCCGCCGUCUUCGUGGCCCUGGUGCUGACCGCGAUGCAGGUCGGCCUCGCUACGGAGCUUCUCCAAACGAAUACCACCUUCCAGCAGGCGUCGUACGGCUUCACCGUCUUUGCCAUCCUAGGGCCUAUUUGCGCGCGUUCGGCUUGGUGGCCCUAG